GCACCCCUAAACGGGAAGGCACUUUUUCGGCACAACACCCGUUCGGCGCCGCGCAGGCUCGCUCUCAGCCGCUUUCAGCGGUUCUAGUUGGAGCAGUGAUUAUUCCUGGAUUUUAAGAAACACGUUACCGGCGAACUGGAGCGGCAGUCUUGCGGGGAUUCGGCACAAAUUUCCCGUAAACCGAAGCGCGUAAUCAUGAAGUAGAGGAGUUACGGAGCUAGGCGACUGAAAGGCCUGCGGAUCAUCAGUGUUAGCUGGCGAUGUUAGCCGAUGUGAAGCUAUUUGUAUGGGUCACUGUGCUAACUAGCCUGAUGCUAUUUGGUUAGCAUAACAGACAGUAACUUGGGACUUUUAGCCUGUGUAGAUGUGAAUAUAAUGACAAAACCUGUCGGGUUCGGUUAUAUAACAUUUUUAGAAGUUUUAUCGAGUUUUGAUUAUAAUUUGCGCCAAACUUGACUAGCAAAAGCAGCGCGCUACGACUUUUGUCGCAACGUUCAAAGUCGAGCCCUUGGUUUGGAUUGGGGAAAAGUGGUCUGUAUAUUUCUAGCGAGACCUAAUCUUGAUGAUCAAACGCCAGUUAAAACCAGACCAAGGAAAACUCUAUUUCUGCUUUUUAACCGGGCUACACUUUACAUCCGUGCACACACCGUCCUGCCGACCGUUGUCUCUAGCCUUUGGUCGGCUUUAGUGGCUGGCCCCACGGCACCGAGUGCCCAAUGGAGGAGUAUGACAACAUGGACUAUUUUUACCAGCAGGUACUGCAGAAAGACGUUACACGUAGACUGCAGGUCGGACAGGACCUGAUAGAUUACCUGAACGACCCGCAUCGCUCCCCGGACGUUGAGCAGGACAAGCCUCGGCUGGACAAAACCAUAGACGAAGUAACGGGAUGGGUGAACUCGAGCAACUUCAAGGUGGCGUUGUUGGGGAUGGACAUCUGUGGUGCGUUCGUGGAUCGGAUGGGAGAGCGCUUCAAAGGAUACCUUGGCACAGUGUUGCCAGCUCUGGUGGACAGGCUGGGCGAUGCUAAGGAUCAGGUCAGGGAGAACAGCCAAGCGCUCAUCCUCCGCUGCAUGGACCAGACCACGUCCCCCAUGUACGUUUGGGAAAGGCUGCUUCCCGGGUUCAAACACAAAAACUUCCGCUCUCGAGAAGGAAUCUGCCUGUGUCUCAGCGCCACGCUCGCCACGUAUGGAUCUCAGCCUCUCAGUCUCAGUAAAUUAGUUCCACAUCUUUGCACUCUGACUGAAGACCAGAAUCCACAGGUACGCGAGGCCUCCAUCACAGCGCUGGUGGAUGUUUAUCGUCACGUUGGGGAGCGAGUCCGAGCAGACCUGGGAAAAAGAGGACUUCCAGCUGCACGGUUACAGACGAUAUUCGCUCGCUUUGAUGAAGCCUUGAACUCAGGCAACAUGGCUCUCAGCCCGAGUCACGAUCGUAGUUUUGAAGACAACGACAGCGUGGACGGACGCUCCUCCUCGGGGUUCAAGGUUCCCAAAGUUCCCAAGAAGCCUGCAGAGACGUCUGCCGCACGCCGGCCCAGCGCCACCGGCAGCAAGCUAGUUUCCAAGGAAAGUGCUGGAGCUGUGGACGAGGAGGACUUUAUUAAAGCUUUUACGGAUGUCCCUACUGUGCAGAUUUACUCAACACGAGACCUUGAAGACAACCUUAAUAAGAUUCGUGAGAUUUGCUCUGACGACAAACACGACUGGGACCAGAGAUGCAACGCUCUGAAGAAAAUCCGCUCCCUGCUGGUGGCGGGCGCAGCCGGCUACGACUGUUUUUACCAGCAUCUACGGCUUCUUGACGGAGCUUUUAAACUGUCUGCUAAGGACCUGCGCUCACAAGUGGUCCGAGAAGCCUGCAUCACUGUGGCCCACCUCUCGUCGGUUCUGGCAAAUAAAUUUGACCACGGAGCAGAAGCAAUUGUGCCUGUUCUGUUCAACCUCAUCCCAAACUGUGCCAAAGUUAUGGCGACCUCUGGUGUCUCAGCUAUCCGCAUUAUUAUACGACACACCCACGUCCCCAGACUGAUUCCCCUCAUCACCAGUAAUUGCACAUCCAAGUCUGUAGCAGUAAGAAGACGCUGUUAUGAUUUCUUGGACCUCCUGCUACAAGAAUGGCAAACCCACUCGUUAGAAAGGCACACGGCAGUUUUGGUUGAAAGUAUUAAAAAGGGAAUCAGAGAUGCUGACUCAGAGGCUAGAGUGGAGGCCCGCAAAGCCUACUGGGGUCUGAGGAACCACUUCCCAGCAGACGCCGACGCUCUUUACAACUCCUUGGAGUCGUCCUACCAGCGGACGCUGCAGUCCUGCCUGAAGAGCUCCGGGAGCGUGGCCUCUCUUCCCCAGAGCGAUCGCUCCUCAUCUUCGUCUCAGGAGAGCCUGAACCGUCCUCUGUCUUCCAAAUGGUCAGCAAAUCCAGGGCGAGUCACUGCCGGUUCAAAGGCUGGGAUGACGCCAGUCUCCCUGCAGCGUUCCCGCAGCGACGUAGACGUAAACGCAGCAGCCCUAGCUAAACGCCGGCACGUCGGACAGGCUGGGGGAGCGGGCCGUCUGCCCCCCGGCUCCUACUCCUCUCUGGAUGAUGCCUCUGAUAAAACGGAUGGAUCCAGGUCAGACAACGGCCGCGUUCGCGCCAAGCAGCCUUUGACGACAGCCAGCAGCAUCUCCAGCCAGGUGGACUCACGAGGACGCAGCCGCACCAAGAUGGUGUCCCAGUCUCAACGUUCCGACGAAUCCGAUUGCACACCAGGAUCUCAGUCUGCUAACACUGUUGGUGCCGGCAGUCGGAGCGGCUCUCCGGGACGAGUGCUGACGACGACGGCGCUGAGCACCAUGAGCUCCGGGACCCACAGGGUUCUGGGUGGGACCGCCGGGGACGGACGCAGACGCAGCCGCAUUCCCCGCAGCCAGGGCUGCUCCAGAGACUCCUCGCCCACUCGCCUGUCUGUCGCUCCUUCUAGCCUUAGUUCCAACUACAAUGGCGCAAGCAGAGGAGCUCGAGGCAGCCGUAUCCCUCGGCCCAGUAUGAGUCAGGGCUGCAGCAGGGAGGCCAGCCGGGAGAGCAGCCGGGACACCAGCCCCGUUCGCUCCUUCACACCUCUGGCGACACGGAGCUACUCCCGCUCCACUGGAGCUCUCCACACACCUGAUGCAUUUGGUGCUGCAGGGUCAGGCUUCGGCAUCAGUCAGUCCAGUCGUCUCUCCUCUUCGGUCAGCGCCAUGAGGGUCCUCAACACCGGCUCAGACGUAGAAGAAGCUCUGGCAGACGCUCUGCUGUUGGGAGACAUGAGAUCUAAGAAGAAGCCAGCGCGGCGGCGGUAUGAGAACUACAGCAUGUAUUCAGACGACGAUGCUAACAGCGAUGCGUCCAGCGCCUGUUCAGAGAGGUCCUACAGCUCCAGGAACGGAGGAGCCAUCCCCACCUACAUGAGGCAGACGGAGGACGUGGCCGAGGUGCUCAACCGCUGCGCCAGUGCCAACUGGUCAGAGAGGAAGGAGGGUUUAUUAGGCCUACAAGCUCUGCUGAAGAGCCAGCGCACACUCAGUCGAGUAGAGUUAAAGAGGCUGUGUGAGAUCUUCACCAGGAUGUUUGCAGACCCUCACAGUAAGCGAGACUCCGGCAGGGUGUACGGCACCGCAGAAUCCGGUAUAAGCUCAGCCUCCUUCAAGGUGUUCAGCAUGUUCUUGGAGACUCUGGUGGACUUCAUCGUGGUCCAUAAGGAGGACCUGCAGGACUGGUUGUUUGUCCUGCUCACGCAGCUGCUGAAGAAGAUGGGAGCUGACCUGCUGGGCUCGGUGCAGGCCAAAGUUCAGAGAGCUCUGGAUGUCACAAGAGAAUCGUUUCCAAACGACCUCCAGUUCACUAUUCUCAUGAGGUUCACGGUGGACCAGACACAGACGCCCAACCUCAAGGUGAAAGUGGCUAUCCUAAGGUACAUUGAGACGUUGACACUACAGAUGGAAGCGCCGGACUUUGUGAACUCCAGUGAAACCCGACUAGCCGUCUCCCGCAUCAUCACCUGGACAACUGAACCCAAGAGCUCCGAUGUCAGAAAGGCGGCCCAGUCGGUGCUGAUCUCCUUGUUCCAGCUCAACACUCCCGAGUUCACCAUGCUGCUGGCAGCGCUCCCCAAAACCUUCCAGGACGGAGCCACCAAGUUGCUUCAGAAUCACCUGAAGAACACCGGAAAUGCUGCACAGGCUCAAAUGGGCAGCCCGCUGACGCGCCACACCCCUCGAUCUCCAGCCAGCUGGUCCAGUCCAGUCACCUCGCCUACGAACACUUCCCAGAACACUCCUUCACCAAGUGCAUUUGACUAUGACACAGAAAACAUGAACUCGGAGGACAUCUACAGCUCUCUGAAAGGUGUCACAGAGGCCAUCCAGAACUUCAGCGUCCGCAGCCAAGAGGACAUGAAUGAACCGGUCCAGCGGCGAGAAGGAGAGGAGGGUGGCAGCGGGACAGAGAGAGAUGUGAUGGACGGUGGCCGCAUGGCUCUAGACAACAAGACCUCCCUCCUCAACACCCCCCUGCUCUCCUCCAGCCCCCGGUUAGCCCGCGAGCACUUCUCCGACUCCCCCUUCAAACACGGCCGCAAAGACGCCAGCCUGGACGACUCCGAGCUGCUCGCCGACGACAGCGGCCUGGACCAGUCGGAGCUGGUGGCCGAGCUGCUCAAAGAGUUGUCCAACCACAACGAGCGCGUGGAGGAAAGGAAGGCGGCGUUGUACGAGCUGCUGAAGCUGAUCCGUGAAAACACCCUGCAGGUGUGGGACGAACACUUCAAGACCAUCCUGCUGCUUCUGCUGGAGACCAUGGGCGACAGAGAGCAUGUGAUCCGAACACUGGCUCUGCGGGUGCUGAGGGAGAUUCUUGGUAAGCAGCCUUGGAGGUUCAAGAACUAUGCAGAGCUCACCAUCAUGAAGGCCCUGGAGGCUCACAAAGAUCCUCACAAAGAGGUGGUACGUGCAGCGGAGGAGACGGCGGCCAUGCUGGCGUUGUCCAUCAGUCCAGAGCAGUGUAUCAAAGUGUUGUGUCCCAUUAUUCAGUCAGCUGAUUACCCAAUCAACUUGGCUGCUAUCAAGAUGCAGACGAAGGUGGUGGAGAGGAUUCCCCGCGAGGGUCUGAUCAGCAUGCUGCCUGAAAUCGUACCGGGACUCAUUCAGGGUUACGAUAACUCGGAGAGCAGCGUGAGGAAAGCCUGCGUGUUCUGCCUGGUGGCGCUCUACGCCGUGAUAGGAGAGGAACUCAAACCGCACCUCAGCCAACUCUCCAGUAGCAAGCUGAAGCUGUUGAACCUGUACAUCAAGCGCGCCCAGUCGGGCUCCAGCGGUGGCGAGCCCUCGUCGGAGGGUCUUUAGAGGUCACGCACGCCCCAACAGAACCACCACAGAACCGCAACUGUGCCCGGCGAAUGCAAAAACAUCGGCUCACGAGACCACACCCGAAACGUAGAUCCAGACUUACGGGAGAAAACCGCUUACAUCCGCAACAGACACGGUGCGUACGCACACACUGCUCGUGUUUCCCGCUUCGCUGCAAGAUGGGAGUUCUGGUGCAGAGGAGAGGAACGUUGUAGUUCUCUCCAACAUCAUGGAGCAUCCACUCCGUAGUCUCAGACUGAACUUAACCUGGAUUAAUUAAACAAAACAGCUGCAAACAUCCACUUUUAUGUUCCACCUGGAUUUGUCAUCGAUCCCUCCAGGGGUGAAGUUGAAGACAUGUCCGUCCCGUCUAAGAGCAUCGAUGCUUUUGCAUGGUUCUCAGUUUUCCAAGGUUCGGAAUCCAUCAAACAUUGCAACCAACGAACUGUGCCGCUUCCCGUUUCCCCUCCUGAACAGGGCCAGGUGGACAAGAAUGUAAGUUUACGUCGUGUCACAGUUUGGGUUUAUUUUUGUGCAGCGAGGUUUUACCGGAGUCGCUACGAGCUCCCUCUCUCGUCCGCUCACGCAUCAAGACACAUUCUGGUUUUCAGGAAGGUGCUGACGAGCCUAAAAGGUACGACCAACCGAUUCUGCACAGCGCGGACGCGGGUCGCAACGAUACAAACAAAAUCUGGCGUUUGUGCUUGGCUAUGCAUGAGACAACAUGUGAAAAAAUGUUUUAUUUAGGGUCCUGUUGAGAGUUAAACUAGUGUGGCUGGGGUUUUAAAUUAAUGUGAACUACGUCCACCCCUUUCAGUUAAAUCCACCAUUUCUCUACGCUCAUGUUCCAUCAGCCUCCUGCGGCGCGAUGGGCGUGUGCUGCUUUACUACAUGAAGUAAAACAGAACAUGGCUGAUUGUCACACAGUGGAUUUGUACCUAUAUAUGAUAUUAAAAUGGAAGCAUCCCGUAACAGUGUCCUUUAGGAGUGUCCCGGGGGGGGGGGGGGGGGGGGGGGGGGGGGGACGCGCGCGCACCUUUGCCCAUCUUCUUUUUUUUUCUCUCCCUGUCGUAGUCUUACUCCCUCGCUCUCACACACGUUUUUCUUUGCUUCCUCUGCUGAGAUGUUUGCAGAAAUGUAUUAUUUACAGCGCUGGAAAACAAAAGGCCAUGUCCUCUCUUUUCCUCUCGUCCGGUUCAUUGUCUGUUUUUCCCUCCUCCUUGUAACAUUCUAGUUUUCUCCGUGCAUUUAUAAAGCUGUGCUUACAAUGAAAUAAAGAACUUGUACAGAUCAUGA